GGGAUGUUGAAGUCGCUCCACCAGCUUCAGGAGGAGAACCGGAGGUUGGAGGAGCAGAUCAAAACUCUGACUAUGAAGAAAGAGAGACUGCAGCUUCUCAGCGCUCAGUUAUCAGUGCCUUUCACUCCCACCACAGCCUGCUCUGAUGUGAAAGGAGCCCAGCUUGGAGCCACCGACUCAUCAUUACCUGUUGCAGCUCAGGAUAGUACUUCUUGUGGUGGCCACAGCAGUAGUGGCUCCACCUCCUCCCUCUCCACGCCUCCCUCCGUCUCCCAUAGCCCACCCCAGCCGCAGCUCAAUGGACUCGCCAAUGUGGGGGCAACCCCGGCCGGGCUGGGCGUGGUAGCUGGGCUGAUGGGUGCAAUCGGCACGGGCAGCUCUCUGGGCAUUGGGGGAAUCGUUGGUGCGCUGAACGGGGUCAUCCAGACACCAGCGGGCACCGGCAGCCCUCACCAACACACUAGUGGAGCAGCUACGGGCGUCACGUUGCCGGUCAACAACAGCAGCUCAACAACUAGUAAGAACAGUGCCGCACGGCUUGGUCUGUUGUCUGAGCAGCACAGACUCCUCCUCCAGCAGCAUCAGCUCCAGCAGCUGCUGUCCUCGCAGCCUUCAGCGGAGCAUCAGCAGGUGUUGCUCUACCAACUGAUGCAGCAGCAGCAGGACCUCCAGCAGCUGCAGACCCUCUCCUCCUCGUCGCAGAUUCCCUCCAUCCCGCUCUCCUCCGCUCAGCUUCCUAUGAACAACCUGAUGCCCGGCGCCCAGAACCAGAGCCAAGGCGCCAUCACAGCCAACCCCUUCCUGGCGCUGCAGCACGCACACACUGACACGCACCCCUCGGGGGCCCAGAAGCCGCGGCUCGCUGAAAAGGCCGUGGGCAUUGCAGGGCAGGAGAAGACAUGACGGCAGAUGUUCUUUUGUUUUUUUCCUUUAAAUAAAUAUGCAGAGUUUUGGGGAGAUCAGCCUGUUGGUCAACUUUGUUGUUCGACUAGAACACUGGCAGAAGAAGCUGUGUCCGGGUAGAUUAUUCUUUAGAACGGUCUGUGCUAACAUGUUAACACACACUGUGGUGAUUGAUAACUGAAGACAAAAGUAAGAAUUACAUUUUUUGUCUUUUUCUUUCACCAACUCUUUAUUUUUGCAGCUUUUGUCAGGUAUUUACACAUAAUUUUGUGUAAAUUUGUUUUAUUUAUUUCCAUCCAGUCUUAGAUUUCUUAGUUUGUUCUGUAGCGCUGCUUCAGGUUUUAAUUUUUACUGCUGAGAUAAGUUAGUUUGUGUUAUAAGUGUCACCGCAGCACAGGGUGAUAUGUGUUCUCUCCCCAACAGGUGAGGUGUCAGAUGUGCUUCCACGAAACAUUACCUUUAAUUAUUUCUCUCUAACAUUUUCUUCACUUUUCGUCAUUUCUUUUUCUCGUUGCUUCGUGUCUCCCGUGUGGUGUCACUACUAUUUCACUCUCAGGGGCCUCAGCUAACCAGAGUCGUGCAGUCAGCACACAAGCUAGCACACACAGAACUACAAAUAUAAAAAAAAGAUAGCAGAAAUGCAUUAAUAUUUAAAACAAAAAAAACUACAAGUCCCUACCACAAAGACUUAAAAGUGCAGAUGUAUGUUUGACAUCUGUCUCACAGCGAGUCCCUUGGGGAAUAUUUGGUGAGAGGCUCCUGGCAAAAAAAGAAAUCCUACAUGUUCUUGCCACUGCCUCUCUCUCCCCGUGUGUUUCCCUCCGUUUGUGUAGAUCCAUUAAUGUCAGUGAGCCAAGUCUCGUACGGUCACCACAGAAGCCUUGCUUUUCACUGUCUCCUCUCUGGGCCAGAAACAGGGGGCUCACUCAGGGAAAUGAAAUGGAAGAAAAGAAGAAUACAGCAAGUUGAAUGUUAAAGAGGGAAACUUGAACCCGCACAGCACACGCUCUCAAAGAAACGAUCCAGUUGGUUGUCAGCACAUGGAAAGUCGUCACAUUUCAUCCCCCUGAUUGAGCCCCCUGCUGCACCUACCUCUCAAGCAGGACCAGCCUAUCAGGACCUAAAAUAUGAGGCCGAUGUUAGCGGCCGCCUCACGACCUCGCAGCAGUCAGGACUGGCCAAUCAGGGUCCAAGCCCAAGUGCCUGAGGCCAAGGUGGGAUUUAUCUCCCCCCUUUCUUUUUACCUGAGUCCCUGUCGCUCAGCCCAAAUCUUCAAUAACCCUUUCUGGCAAUUAAGCUGCGUUGCUUUGCAACAGAUUACAGAAACACUCAGUGGCGUCUUUUUAAUGAAACCAGAAACACUGAUGAUUCUGCUGCAUUCUCUUCUAUCAAAGCCAACUUGUAUUGUGCUUUUUAUUUAUUUGGAGUUUGUUUGUGUAAUGGGCGUAAGAUGAAAUAUUUUAAAAGCCCGCUGGUGUUGCAAUUUAACAUCAUUUUGUACUACUGUGUAUAGUUUUGUCUUCUGUUUGUUUGAGAUUUUCUCCGUACAGUCAGAUGUUGCUGUAAACCCUUUUUAUUGACUUUUUUUGUGUCAUGUGUUUUAAAGCUAGAAGUUACUUGAUAGCUGGCUGAUGGGAACGAGGGGGUGCGGUUGUACAUAGUGGUUUGUUUGGGUGGGAUCGGGUGGGUGGAAACGUGUCAGGGGUUGGGGGAAGUUCAGUGGCACAGUUUUUACCUCGUUAAGUGUACAUAGAACCUUUCUCAUUGGCCUUUGAUGUGUACAUAUGUGAUUGUGAUUGGCCGCGCUGGUGUGAAGGAAAGCCAAUGAAGCCUCAGUUUGUGUGUGUGGAUCUUUAGGACCAGACAAAAAAAAUAAGGUUGACAGUGACUGGACACACAAAGUAUUAAUUUAUUUUUAUAUGUGCAGGGACAUUGUGUUUUUUUUUCUUUUCUUUUUUUCUUUUUGCACCAUUUUAUUGAUGAGAAAUUCAUUUUAUACUCUGGGCACCGUGUUUUCAUCUGUGCGCACAUUUGUUUUGAUCAGUUUUGUACAAGUGGAAGAUAAAAAGAAAAAUCAGGGGGUGGGGGGGGUGACAUUGUAUUUCAAAAUACCAAAAUAAACACUCUGGAUAAAGUAA